AUGCCUCUCUCAAUCUUCCAGUUCCCAAAACCGCGCACACUCCUCCGCUUUGUUUCCCUCCGAACAGCCACCGAAUUCAUAACAUUAACGCUGCUGAUCAACAAAGUCACGGGCUUCUAUGGCAUUCUCGCGCUCUUCACCGGCUAUGAGCUCAACCCGCUACAACUCUCCCACUACAUCUACUCUCUGAUUAUCUUGGGUCUGGCAGCAUGGCUGGGGCCCGCGAUCCGAAGCCGACCGAGCGAGCCGCUGAAAGUCCUGGCGUUGGCGUGGCUGUACGUUCUGGACACCGUUAUAAAUGCCGCAUACACUGCGCUGUUUGGGAUGGGAUGGUUUGUGCUUCUAGCGCAACAUUUUGGUGAGGAGACUGGAGGUAUUGGAAAGGUGCCCGGGGAGGGCAUGAUGGACGAUACCGCAGGAUUCACGAAUCCGAAUGUGAAUGCCACGGCGGUGGAAGUCACCGUGAAACCGGCCCCGGGACUGCUUUCGGGACAAGAGGCGGUCGUGAUCAGCCAGGUGGGGACAACGACGGGAAUGGUACUGGAGAGCGACAUGAUGACGAGCAUUGGUCUUCUGGCGCUGUUCAGCCUCAUCAGAGUGUACUUCUGCUUGGUGGUGAUGAGUUACGCAAGGGGCGUUUUGAGGCGAUCCGUGGCCAAUGCCUCGGCUGGGAGUGUGGGGUUCGAGAGCACUACGGAUGCGACAAUGGCUUCUAAUCCAUUCCAGACCGUGGAGGGCUGGAGAGGCAAGCUGGGGAGAGUAAUGGUCAGGUUCCCGUCCAAACGUUACUGGCUGGGACGGGAGGAAAUCAUGCCUGGAGAGGAGUCCGGCAUGUUAAGCGAAUGGGAGAGAGCCACCAGUGGGAGGUUCCAAGGUGGGAGGAAGGCUUUGAGGGUAAAGGUGCCGAGCGGCAGUGCGGAACAAAAGGGCGUUGGCGAGAGGGAGAGGAGGGCGCGAAGUGGGACGGGGCCACCUCCGAUGAGUGCUUCCAGUGCGAAGAGUGAGAGGAAGGGCUUGCCAGAGUAG